CUGUCUGGUAAAAAAUGUGAACGACCUCCCAGCGCAGUCUGACAGGGUUACAGGGCGCAAACGCACUUUCCCCUCUGCAACAGCCGACAAUAUUGAACAGAGAGAACCGUAAAGCCUUAAGAUGCCCCUUUCUAGCAGUUCCACGUCCUCCACCAAGAGUAUCCGCAGAGCUGCGUCCGAGCUAGAGAGGUCGGAUUCCAUCACGCUUUGUUUUAGGAUUUACCUCGAUUGCAUUGCUGUUCCAAUGCGCAUUUGGAGAUGUAAAGCGCUCCCGUCAAAUACCCACAGAGACAUCCAAAAAUCUCAGAGGUUCAUCGGUAGACGGCAGAGCUUGAUCGAGGACGCGCGGAAGGAGAGGGAAGCGGCGGCGGCAGCGGCAGAAGCAGCGGAGGCUACUGAGCAGAUCGUGUUUGAAGAGGAGGACGGAAAAGCUCUUCUGAAUAUUUUCUUCACUUUGAGGAACUCGAAAACACCUGCGCUUUCGAGGACACUCAAAGUAUUCGAGACAUUUGAAGCAAAAAUUCACCACUUGGAGACUCGACCGCCAAGAAAGCUGAGGGAAAAUCUCGAGGGCCUCGAAUACUUUGUUCGCUGUGAGCUACACCUCUCAGACGUCAGUACUCUGGUCAGCUCUAUCAAGAGAAACGCAGAGGAUGUCAAAACCACCAAAGAAGUCAAAUUUCACUGGUUCCCAAAGAAAAUUGGAGAUCUGGACAGAUGUCAUCAUCUAGUCACGAAAUUCGAUCCAGAUCUAGAUGAAGACCAUCCUGGCUACAGAGAUCCCGCCUACAGACAGAGAAGAAAACUGAUCGGGGACAUUGCUUUCACAUACAAACAAGGGCAGCCAAUUCCCAGAGUGGAGUACACAGAGGAGGAGAUUUCCACAUGGCGUCAAGUCUAUUCAACGCUUAGGGACUUGUACACCACCCACGCCUGCAAAGAACACCUCGAGGCCUUUCGUCUCCUGGAGAAGCACUGCGGCUACAGUCCAGACAACAUUCCCCAGUUGGAAGACGUGUCACGCUUCCUUAAAGAACGCACAGGGUUUCAGCUGCGUCCGGUGGCUGGUCUGCUCUCAGCCAGAGACUUUCUGGCGAGUCUGGCGUUUCGCGUGUUCCAGUGCACCCAGUACAUCCGACAUGCUUCGUCCCCCAAUCACUCCCCAGAACCUGAUUGUGUCCAUGAACUGUUGGGCCAUGUCCCCAUGUUGGCUGAUCGAACUUUCGCCCAGUUUUCACAGAAUCUUGGUCUGGCAUCGCUGGGGGCAUCAGAUGAAGACAUAGAGAAACUCUCUACACUCUACUGGUUUACAGUUGAGUAUGGCCUCUGUAAGCAAAACGGUGAGGUUAAGGCUUAUGGGGCCGGACUCCUUUCUUCCUAUGGCGAGCUUGUGCAUUCUCUCUCUGACGAACCGGAGGUGCGGGAGUUUGAUCCAGAGCACGCAGCAGUGCAGCCCUAUCAAGACCAGACCUACCAGCCUGUCUACUUUGUUUCAGAGAGCUUUCCAGAUGCCAAGGAGAAAUUCAGGGCAUAUGUGGCAGGCAUCAAGCGUCCCUUCUCAGUCAGGUACGACCCGUACACGUGCAGCGUCGAGGUCCUGGACAACCCGCUGAAGAUCCAAGGAGGUCUAGAAGGUGUGAAAGAUGAGAUCAAGGUGCUGACAGAUGCCCUCGCAGUUUUGUCAUGAUGGCAGCCUCCGCCGGUUGUUGGUCUCCUCCAUGCUGAGCUCUGCAGUGUCCAGAGUGUGACGAGACCAACCUGUGUAGCUUUAUAUGAAAAUCCAGUAUGAUGCCGAGUUGUUGCAGUGUGUGCGUGUAUGAAAAGCUCCAAAGAUGUUGAACACGUUGCCCAGUGUGAAUGCAUUUGUGAAAUAAUGUACUGUAGUUCCACUUGACUAGAAAAAUUCACGCUUUAGUAAGUAAAAGUGUUAAAAUGUACUCAAACUGGAGCCACUAUCAAAGGGAGUUGUAUUUAUGAAUGUACUGAAAGAAAGCAAAACAAAAUUAUUAUUUUAAAAUCAAAGAAAUUUAACGGCAUAGUGGAAAUGCAAUAUUUUAGUCAAUUAUUUUACCAAGAAUAUAUAAUAAAAUAUAUUGUAAGUGCUUCUUAAAUUAUUUAUUUUCACGUAUUUGAAUAGGUGUUUGUAAAUUAAUUCAUGAUGUAUUGUUUGUUCUGUAUUUGCUUUUGUUUUGUUUUACAUUCUAAAUGCAUUAUAGAGAUAGUAAAAAAAAGGUGCAUCUAAUCAGACGCGAAUAAACAUAGUUAAAUAUCUGUAACUUGUUCCCAUGUGUUUUGCACUGUGUAUACUGUCAAAAUAAAUAAAUAAUCUAAACAAUUAAA